AUGGCGUACUAUAUGAACCAGCUUACGGUAUACAAUACGAGUCUGAAAGACUUGUCCGAGACAGACAUGAAAUCGCACGGCGCGGGAAUCGAAUUGUCUUUUGCACGUGUCUGUCUUGGACUUCACCGGCCUGGAAGUGAAAAUUCAACGGAUAAUGCCUCAGUUGAUGGCUUGCGAGUAACUGUGUCUCGGGACAAGUUCGUCGACAACGUCCCCAAAUACGCAAUUUUGUCGCACACAUGGGGCGUCGAAGAAGUUCUUUUCGACGAUCUCCAGGGAGGAGGCCGCCCCUCAACCGGUGCUGGAUGGGCUAAGGUUAAAGGCGCGUGCGACCUGGCGCGCAGCCGUGGAUAUGCCUGGAUCUGGAUUGACACUUGCUGUAUCAACAAGAGUAGUAGCGCGGAGCUCUCGGAAGCGAUCAACUCGAUGUUCAAAUGGUACCAGCACGCCGAGGUGUGCUUUGUGCACCUCGCAGAUGUCGGCUGGCACGCACAUUCUGCAAGUUGCAGUGAGAAGGACGACGAGCGAAUACGUGGCAGCCGAUGGUUCACGCGCGGAUGGACGUUGCAGGAAUUGCUUGCCCCUAGACACGUUGAAUUCUAUUCCGGGGGAAGAUGGCGACUUAUUGCCACUCGAGCGGAGCUGGGUGCGGUCAUAACGAGUGCAACGACGAUCGAGAGUGAUUACCUGAAUAACCGUCCUUUGCACACAGCGAGUGUGGCGCAGCGAAUGAGUUGGGCUUCGAGAAGACAGACGACAAGAGUUGAGGAUACGGCAUAUUCCCUUCUAGGCAUCUUUGGGGUCAAUAUGCCCCUGAUAUACGGAGAGGGCGAUAGGGCGUUCCAGAGAUUACAAGAGGCCGUGAUCAGGCAAAUCGACGACCCAUCCAUCUUCGUUUGGGGUUCCAUAUCCGACCUGGACGAUCCGAUGCGUAAAUCCAUGUCAUCACGGAGUCUCCGGGAACCUCUUCUCGCACCUGGACCACAUUCGUUCGAGAACACCGGCGACGUCAUCCCCUUUCGGAUGCUUGGUGUCGAAAGCAGGCUACAUCUCGAUCAUAAUGGCAUAACGAUCACAACACCACUAUUGAAGCAGCGUCCGUCUAAUGGUUGGACACGAACAGGGACGGAAAUCUUCCUGGCACCGUUGCAAUGUCGGCGAAAGAGUGAGCCGCUUGAUUGCAUUGCGUUGUAUCUCUGGGGCGAGAGUUCCGGAAAACUGGAGAUGAACUAUUCUAGAGCCUCGAAGCUGCUCGUGACCGUUCCGAAGACUGUGUGGCUGGACGGAGACUUGUCUCCUGCUUUCAUACGGUUUAUGGCUGGACAGAAUCGGUUUCACCUAGGAUCUGGGAUCGACCGCGGGUGCAUUGUGAGGAGCGUUCCGAAGGGAUACCGGGUGGUGGAAGUCUACCCGAAGAUUGACAAUUUCAAGGUCAGGUCAUCCAUUGUGCCCUUUGAGGAACGCAUCAAAGAGUCGUACGGCCUUACCUAUCCCGCCAUUCUUCUUCUUGAGGGAUCCUCGGCAGAUCAGCGCUUGGCGUUGGUGCUCCAGUUUCAAUACCUUUCUCGUCAAGACGGCUCCGCGACCGAGCCAUCUUUUGUGGGAUCUCCAGAGUGGAUGAUCAACCGCGUCAUUAUUAUGCCCAAGGAGAAGAGCAUAAAAGAGAUAGCAGGGAUAGUGAGGUCAGACGCGAAGCGGUGGACGGCGGAUGAAGUGCGAAAAAUGACAAACUCAACGAUGCGGCCUGGGAAAGAUUCCUUAUCCUCACACCCGCCUAGUCAGCUUGAGCUUUGUGACAAAUUUGACGUCACAGUUUCACAGCACCAAGCGUACGGAUCAAGGUUGUUUCUCGUUGAUGUGAAGGAUCCAUCGGUCGAGGACGAGUCUGUGGAGGCAAGGGUUGAGAGCGAAUUCCAGCUGACGACGCGGUCGGAACAAAAAUAG